AUGGAACAUCAGCUAGUUGCCAACCAAAGUGUAUUUACCACACACCCAUGUUAUGAAUCAUAUGACUCCAUUUACAAAUUCACAAGUAACCCUUCUUUUAGUUGUGUGGCAUUGUAUGUUUUUCUUGGCUCUUUGUCUCUUAUAACAGUGUGUGGAAAUCUUCUUGUAAUAAUAUCAAUCAUUUACUUCAAACAGCUCCACACUCCUGACAACUACCUUGUCCUCUCCCUUGCUGUGGCUGACCUGCUUGUCGGAAUUUUAGUUUUUCCUUUCAGCAUGAUGUUCACUGUUACUUCAUGUUGGUAUGAUGAAGAUUUGUUUUGCAAAAUACGAGGCAGCUUUGAUGUAACACUGAGCACUGCUUCUAUUUUGAACCUAUGUUGCAUUUCUAUUGACAGAUAUCAUGCUGUGUGUAAGCCUCUGAAUUACAGAAGUGCAAUGAAUGAUCGUAUCAUUGCAUUCAUGAUUCUUGGAUGCUGGGUUACGGCAGCUUUAAUUGGAAUUGGCAUCAUCAUAGCAGGAUUCAACCAAGGAAAAUGUGAAGGGAAUUGUGUAAUUGAUGCUUUGAUAUCAACCACUUUGGCAUGUAUUUUCUCUUUCUAUAUCCCAGUCAUUAUAAUGCUUGGUAUCUAUCUAAAGAUUUUCCUUGUUGUACAGAGUCAAUUAAAAAGCAUUCACAGCACUGCCUGUCAAACCAGAAAGUCAACUGCAGCUCUCAGUAAGAUGGAAAGAAAAGCAACAAAGACCCUUGCUGUUGUAAUGGGGGUUUUCCUCUUGUGUUGGACCCCCUAUUUUCUUUUAAUCAUAUUUCAGCCUUUAACAUAUGACGCAACACCAAUCAAUGUGAUUGAAAGUCUUAAUUGGCUUACUUUGUCCAAUUCUAUGUUGAAUCCUUUUAUCUAUGCUUUCUUUUACAGCUGGUUUAGAUCAGCUGUCAGACUGAUCAUUUCUGGAAAAAUAUUUCAAGGUGACUUUGCCAACAGCAAGCUUUUUUAA